CACAAUAGUUACACGUUUACAAAAAAGCAACAAAGAAAUUACUUAAUUUGUCAGUAGGAUAUUUGAUCUGUCCAUUUUCUAUAUUUCUUUACGUUAAAACAGAUAGUAAAAUGUGGUUGAACACGGUAUUUGAAAUCUUACUGGUGACAUUUUCUGUUACCAUGGUAACUGGGAUGUCUGAUUUUCUCAGGGUAAUUUACAGAAAAAGUCUCCCUGCGGAUUUAAAGGCCGGUUUUAAAAUGGAUUUUCCAUACAAGAUAUACGUAUAUAAUCUCCCGCCAGCAUUAAACGAGAACAUCGUGAAAGAGAUUACGAAGACGAACCAUGUAACAAAAGGAAUGAUGACGGCUUCAGGACUCGGCCGAGAGAUCACCAAAAUGGGGAAAUACGAAGACAUGUCCAUACGAGAUACCUUUCAGUUUAGUUUAGAAGUUAUCAUGCAUCAAAAAAUGUUAAAUAGUCCCUACAGAACUUUAGACCCAGAUGCAGCUGACUUUUUUUAUGUACCCGCAUACACCGCAUUACGGUGUAUUGUGAAAGAUAAAGAUUGCCAGAGCUGUUUAUUUAACCGGUUCUUAAGCGCACUAGUCUCUUUCUUACAACAACAACCUUAUUUCAAAGAAAAAAGACCUCAUUUUUCAGCCAUUGGAAAGAUACACAGAGAACUAGCCGAUUUUGAAUGUCCAUAUCUUUUAUAUCCUGUCAUGAAAGAAUUAACUUUCUUUGCAAUUGAAAAAGAAGCGGCACUAGAACCAGGAGCAGGAGGAAAUUUGUUGGUACACCAAGCUGCACAGUCAUUGAUUGUAUUGCCGUAUCCGUCAUAUAUUCAUUUUACUGCAAAUACUGCUAGUGUCAUGGGUUAUGGCUCUCAAAGAACUGUAUUUGCUGUACUUCCGGUUGCGCACCCAGAAGAAUCUACAUUGAGUACAAAACUUGCCGCUCAAUUCAACGGAAGCACAACUUACUCUUAUGGUAAAUAUUUCCGCAAUUACAAACACGGACAAUACGAUAUGAUUCAUGUUAAUACUGAUGCGAGAGACAACGAGAUUAUGAUUCGUAAAACUAUUUCUUGGAUGACUCACUCAACUUUCUGUCUACACCCGCCAGGGGAAUCCAGCACCAGACGAUCAUUUUACGACUCCAUUCUCUGCGGAUGUAUCCCAGUCAUAUUUAUAGACAAGGCUAUUCCAUAUGCAUUUCCCUCUAGCUUGGACUACAGCAAAUUUUCAGUUGGUAUAAAGCAAAUUGAUAUCUUACAAGGAAAGAACAUUGGAGAUAUUUUAAGAUCAAUUAAUCCAAGCGUUGUUAAGCAACUGCAAAGAAAUCUAGAUAUUAUUUCUCAGCGAAUGCAAUAUUCUGUUCCAAAAGCUAAUGUCCCUGAUGCAAUUGAUAUUGCGCUUCUUGAAUUGGCUAAAACAAUUGAGGACACAGAAAAUGAAAAAGAUGAAAAGAAGAAAUUAAUGUAACGAGUACAUAGUUUAGUAUCUAGUAGUAUAACAAAUUUUCAUUUUCAUUUAUUGAUUUAGCAAUAAAUGUACCAUUAUCAUUGUAAAAGAAACUGUUAUUACAUAAACUUUUUUU